AUGACCACACGAUAUGGGACAACGCGGACGGUGGAGACGCCGAUGGAUUUUGAAUUUACAUCGCGUCCAAGCAGCUUUACGAAGCCUGUGUGGGCGCAGGACGGGGAUAGUCCUCGGAAACGCCCACUCGCAGAUGUCAAUGCAUCCUCGCCCACAUUCCCUACCUUUGGCGCGCAAAAGCCCUCGAAUGUGCCUUUCCUCUUUCAGGAGCCUCCGCCACACUCGUCGCAUCCCCCCGCGUGGGCUCCACCUCCUCGCUUUGCACCAGAGAAAACCUUCCCUCAGCCGGAGCUCCGCGAUAUCGACAUGGUAGAAUCGAGCCCGCCCCGGCCGGGGAGGGAGAUUGAUGGAGCGGAGGGGAGAGAUGAAGCGAGGUCGAAAGAGGCGGAGAGAGCGGAAGGAGAAGAGAAGGGUGAGCGCAUGCUGGCGCUAGGUGGAAUGCGUCGAGUCUUUCGGUCGCGCCAGCAGAAACGGACACGCAGUCGGCUUGGGCGAGGGAGAAGACGUGGUGACGGCAUUGAACACAGUGAUGAGGAGUCGGACUCAGACAGCGAUGGGGAAAACGAGGGCGAACGUGGGCUGAUGCCACAGACAACAUCGAAUCACUACACACUCAACAUGGCAGGACCAGCGCCACCUCCAUCGGAUCUGCCGUAUGUGCUGCUAGGAUACUUGCAGUUUUUCUUCAAUUUGUCGCUCGUGCUCGUGUUUCUGUACGUGCUGGUGCAGUUCAUUCUGACUGUGCAGAGGGACGUGGAGCAGAAGAUCUCUGAAUACUCGAUGGAGAUUGUGCAAGAGAUCGCGCAAUGCGCGAUGCAGUACAAGGCAAACCUCUGUGCUACUAAUCCCAUUCCGGCUAUGGCGCACCAGUGCAGUGUAUGGGAGACAUGCAUGAAUCGCGACCCCUCCAAGGUUGGCCGAGCGAAGGUCGGCGCGGAGCUCAUCGCAGAGGUCGUGAAUGGCUUUGUAGAACCAAUCAGUUGGAAGACUCUGGUAUUCUCCCUGUCAUCGCUCGCCUUUGCGACGGUCUUCGUCAAUGCGUUGCUUUCUCUGUAUCGAGCAAGGAUAAACCCCGCCGCGCACACGUCGACGAUGCUUCCCCCACAGCCUGUCUCUGCGUUCCCGAUCGCGCCGCCCCCGUACUCUCAUCAUUAUAUGCAUUCCCCCGCUGUCGAGUGGAGCGGGAAGCCAUGGCCCAAUGCAGAGAAUGAGGUCAACCAAACGCCUAGUAGGAGGAGGAAACUCGAUGGUGGGGCGGUGGAGAAAAUCAGGUAG